AUGAGUGCGCCCAUUGACGACCUACUGUACGGCGGCGACGACGACUCGGGGGACGACGACGACAUGAACACUUCACUGCCUCUUCUGCGCUCGUACGCUGGCGUGCCAUUGGCUGGCGCGGCCGUGACACCCCCAGGGGGGCUGUUGAUCGCACGUGCGACGACCAGUGCACCUUCGGUCCUUAAACCCUUGCCACUGAUGACGCCAGCUACGACUGGGGGCCCGCCUCAAGCGCUACCGACAAUGUCGACUGGCGUUGCGGUUACUUCAGCAGCCAAAGCACCGUCUAUAGCACCAGCUGCGCCUGUGACACCCGUGAAACUAGCACCGGGUUCUGGCCAACAGAUGUUUCAGCAAAUGUUUGCCUUGUUGAAACAGAUGCUGCCAGUCGAGCAGUACGCGACGUUGCACUCGGAGAUGCGGAAAGGCAAUGCCAAUGACAUCAAGUCGAUUGUCGAGAUUAUCAAGCGCGUUGUGGGCGACGCGACGUUCUCGAGUGUGAUUCAGAGAAUGGACUUGACCAGGACGUUGCCUGUUGCUGGUACUGCUACUUCGGCUGCUGCUGCUACUACACCGAGUACACUGGGUGCGAUGAAGUCUGAGCCAGGAGCUGCUACAGCUUCAACGUCGCCUGGAGUCUUAGGUGGACCGUUGGCUGAUAGGACAACGGGUCUGUCUGCGUUACCAGUGACGUCGACGAUCGCCGCGUCGCCGAAGCCUACCGCAAUUGCGCCAAACACGCGACCGAUUGCUGCAGCAUCUCCUUUGGUAGUAGCUGCUAUGCCAGUAGCUGUACCAACGUCGAUUGCAGCACGACCAACGCAGAUCCAGCAAUCGCCUGGGACAGUGAACACUCCACCAGCAAAGGAGUUGAAUGAUGGUGUGAAGCCGGAGCCAGCAGUUACAGCAGCUACUGCAUUUACAUCUUCAUCUCCCAACACGCCUCUCGGUGCUGGGCAGUCGAGGAAUGAAGCACUGGAAAAGAUUUUGUUUGCCAAACGGUUACUCUCGCAUGCCGCUACGUGCUCGCUGUCUCAUGGUGUCUGUCAGGUAAAAAAGUGUGACGACGUCCGGCGAGUAUUUAAGCAUAGUUUGUCUUGUGGAGGGGCGAAUGGAUGCUCGCACUGUGAGCAGUUGAAGGGUCUCGUGAAGUACCAUGCGAAGGAGUGUGCUGUCGGGAUUGCAGAGCACUGCUCGAUCCCGUUUUGUGAUGGCUUGCGGCGCACUUACGCCCAGAGCCAAGCUGCCGCGGCGGCCAAGCUUAAGACGGCGCAAGCGGGCGGAAUGGUGGAGAGUGACGAUGACGACGACAACACGCCCCUGUCUUCCGCAGUGAGCAAGGCUAAGAAACAAGCAAAGACAAAGUCUCCCAAGAAUAUGCCUGUUCGGGGCGUAGUUGCUCAGCCUUUGAAGCGCAAGGGUUCGAUUACGUCGCUCACUAAAACGAACAGCUUCACGUCCCCUGGACCCUCAGUAGUGGCAACGCCUCCAAAUGCUACGACAACAGCCACCGCAUCAUCAGCACUUUCUGCCUCAGCCGGUGUCAAGCCACCGCAAAAGAACGUUACUGCCAACAUGACCCAGGAGUACGGUCGUCUAUUACAGCUGAUUCUUCAUGUGGAAAAAUGUACGACAAGUGCAUGCGCUGUUGGCGAAGAGUGUGCUGAAUCGAAGACGAUUAUGAAGCAGAUGGCUUCUCCGAAUCCACCAGUCCGGGCUAAAACAUACAAGCAAGUCUAUGGUCACUACAAGACCUGUGUGGCGAAAAACAAUACGGCUAAUUGCCCAAUGUGCAAGAUCGGGCUGCUGCCAAUUCUGCCAACCCCGAGCCCGGCAUUGCCACCUCAUGCACAGACAAGUUUCAAGACGCCGAUUGCGCCUUCCGCAAGUGCUGUCGCAGGUAGCACGGUUGCGACUUUUCCUUUGUCUGGGGACUCGAACAAGCGUGGAAAUAGUGCAGUGUCACCGACGCCGCGCUCCCCAAUAAAGAAGCAACGAACGAAUUCUACUAGCCGAAUGAAGACGACGGCCGUGGAAGUGGCAGCCCAAAUGGCUUCUGCGUCAGACUUGGUUAACCAAGAACUUGCUCAAGCCAGCGUUAUGGACAUUCGCAGCGAAGCUGACGUUCUCACACAUACGGGCGUUGAGCUAAGCACAGAAAGACGGAUAAUGAUGGAAGGUGGUCCACGGCGUGUACGGAUGGAAGAGCAGUUGCCGUGCCGGAAAGAAGAUUGGGUAGAAAAGGAUUUAUUUAACUCGGAGAAAUUGCGGGGCCAGAUGCGUGAGGCUGCCCGACGGUCAGGCGUCGAACUUGGAAGUCAGACAAGUGAGGUGAUGGCGUACGCUCUGCAUGAGUACCUGAAGCAAGUGAUGGAAGAAAUGGUUGAGAUCGCAAAGCAGCGGGGAGACUCGCAAGCGCAGUCGUUUGAAGCGUUGCAAAAGGCACGAAGGGUUGGAGCAGUCAUGGACGGACGAUGGGGGAAUCGUAUGGAGCUUUCGGCGACUGAUAUUUUACGCGUCAGCUGUGAAGAUUCGUUCACGAAAUUAGCACAAGAAGAUCUGAUGUUGCGGUCGCAACUGUUGGAAGAUGCUAGACGCGAGGAGCAAAUUGAGAAAGAACGUGCCAAGAAGCGCAAGAAAGUGGAUCGCAGUAAGCUGAAUCAGGACGAACGAGACGAAGCUGAGAUGGACAUCGAAGAGCUGGCUGUAAAGGACCUGAAGGAGCGUCUGCUACAGCAGGAUAAGGAGGGAGUGGUGAGAGUGACUGGCCGCGUCAACGAGAGUAUCUCAGUAAAGUACGCGUCGCGGAUGCCUGAUAAUCAAGUGACCAUGGAGGACGCCAAUUACUGGCUUUUGAGUCAGAAGCCGUACAUCCGUCCUAAGCUGUUUUUGCGUGCCGAGGCAGCGCGCAUCGUGACGAAGUCUCUCCUCUGA